AUGUUCCGAUUGUUGGGAAUUUUCAAGCCACAGCUCAUCAGAACUAGUAACCCUUUACCGUCGGCUUGCUACGCGACACGGCAUGGGACAUUUUCGCCCCGUGAAUUUCAGUUCGAAACAUCGGACGGUGAGAACGGCACAUUGAUCCAUCGUUUCUCGCGGCAUGUUUCACUGACGAAACGUGACUUUACCGACGUAACGAAGUAUAACUUCAAGGUGUCCAAUUUCUACCCUCUGCCGGAUGUGACGACGUAUGAUCAACAAAUACGGGAUCUAUCCACGACCGAUCUAGCAAAGCUGAUAACAUUCACGACAGAUUUUCGAAGUAAAACGGACACACGAUCGUACACGGAGGUCGUGAAUGCCCUCGACGAAGAGUGCCUUGGACGGGUGGGCAACGCGACGGUGUACGAACUGCUGGAGGUGCUCCACUGUUUCAUGUACCUGUUGCCGAACAAAAUCGCCCAGCUUCGCACUUACCGUAGCGCUAUGCCAAAACUGAUCGAGCUGUUCAACGAGGCACCGAAUGCGCGGGAUUUUCUUGCCAUCGUCUUCUUUCUCGGCCUGUGGAAACGCCACCAAACGGGAACGGUGCUGAUGCAAGAGUUUUUGCAACACCACGUCGACCGUUUCCUGACACCGGAUCUUGACCGAACAGAUUUCGCCAUACUCGCUAGCAGCACGUACAAGACCAGUGUCCGGAUGGCGGAGGAAUCGCAGGUUUUUCGAAAUCGAUUAAUCGGGGAGAUCGAACAGUUUGAUGAUCAGGAUGAUCCCGCCCUUCUCGUAACGCUCAUCAAGUGUGCCCGAAUGAAUCGGCUGCCAUCGGAAGUGGUCCUGUCGAAGGUGCGCUCCUUCAUUGAGGCCAACGUUAAGCGGAAGGAGCUCGAUUUCCGUGGCAUUGCGCAUCUGUUCGCCUACGUUGCAGAUAACCGCGUGAAAGAUGACACACUGACACGGCUCAUCAUCGACAAUUGCUGGGCGAGAUUUGAGGAAGACAUUCACCGGAAUGGUUUUGAAUCCAACUCACAAUCGUUGCGUCCGAAGGACAUUGCCACGUUCCUAUGGAGCUGUGGAACACUUGGAGUGCCGCUGGAAGGCACCAGCAUUAACGGUAACUUGCUGGAAAAAGCAAUCCGAUUGAAGGUAGAAGCAGGGGACUAUCGAAACGCGUCUGAUGCCUUGGUCGAUAGUGUGCUCUCACUGUGGCUUUGCGGUCGCCGUUCGAUAGGGUUGCUAAGGAUGCUUCUGAAAGAUCGUAUGCUGGUGCAGAAUUUGCGCAAAGAUCGGACAAAAAUUGAAUCACGCAAAGACUUACUGCUCAGCUGCGCGGAAAUCGAUCUCCCAGAGACGGCAGAUAUGUUCCGAUCGCUACGCAAACCGGGCGAUGAUGCCUUCGUACUGGAUCGUCGUGCGCCCGAAUUUCUUGCCAGACCUGCACUACGACAGCUCGUUGAGCAUUUGGAGCAGAUGCGAAAAGCUGGCGAUGUUGACAUUGCUUCUGUUAGUAUCAAUCUUCCGGUGAAGCAUCUCAAUAUUGCCGGCGUAUUGGUGCAGCUUGCCGAUGGUGCUGUGAAAAACUUGGACGUGUUGGACGAUAAGCAUUGCCUAAGCGAUCAGCAAACUCCCGUCGGAUUGAUGCAACUUAAGCUACGAAUAUUGCAAGAUAAAGCCAUCGACAGUACAACGAUAAAUGUGUGUAAUCUGGACACGCCCCAAAAGUGGUUGCCGGAAAUUAGAAAGGCGUUAAAAAACGAUAAAGUGAAUUAG